AUGUCUUCCUCCAUCCGUACAGUUGGUGUCGUUGGCACUGGUGUCAUUGGCGCCUCGUGGACUGGGCUCUUCCUCGUACGGGGACUGAAGGUACUCGUGUCUGACCCAGGUCAUGACGCCGAGAAGAAUCUGGCAGAGAAUUUGCGCAAAAUGUGGCCCUCCAUCGAGCAAUUGGGUCUGUCGCCAGGGGCAUCGUUGGACAAUUACAGCUUUGUUGGAUCCAGCUUGAAAGACCACUACCAGGAAGUCGACUUCAUUCAGGAGAACGCCCCAGAAAUCCAAGGCUUGAAGGAGGGUCUCAUCGCAGAAAUGGACGAAGGUACCAGAGAAGACAUCGUCAUCGCCUCAUCAUCCUCAGGCAUACCCAGCUCCCAGUUUGUCGGCAAGUGCAAGAAGAAUCCAGGUAGAGUGUUGAUAGGCCACCCAUUCAGCCCGCCGGCUCUGAUGCCGCUCGUGGAAGUGGUGCCGCAUCCAGGAGGCGAUGAGGCGGCAACUCAGCGGGCGAUGGACUUCUACAGGAGCUUGGGUAAACAUCCGGUGUUGCUGCGGCAGGAGACGCCGGGUUUCGCGGCGAAUCGACUUCAGGCAGCCAUCAGUAAAGAGGCAUACAGCUUGGUCAAUCGGGGCGUCCUCUCGGCCGAGGAUUUGGAUGCCUGCGUGACCACAAGUCUCGGGCCACGUUGGGCGCUGACCGGACCAUACAUGUCGAAUGUUUUGGGAGGAGGCGGAGGAAGUACUGGCUUCAAGCAUCUACUCCAUCAUCUCGGGCCAGGCAUGAAGGUUUGGCUUCAUGACAUGGAUGAGCACUCAUUUGACAUCAACGAUGAGAACAUCGAUCAUCUUGACGAGAGCGUACAGGCUAUGUUGAAGGACCACUCGGUACAGCAGGUUGAGGAGCAGCGGGAUGACGUUCUGCUGAAGUUGUUGGCUCUGAAGAAAGACAAGUCGGCGUUAGUUUGA